UUUAAGGCUCUGCAGAGAUUAUUGCAGAGCGGAGGCUGCUGCGUCUCCCUCUGGAGAUAUACACUCAGGGAGAUCAGCUGUCCGCUUCUGGGACUCUGUUUCGGGACGUUCCUGAUUUUUAUUUAUAGUUUAGGAUCCUUUUUCUCCCAAACAUUUUGGCGUGUCGUUCGGAGGACUGCAACUUUCUACUCCCCAUUGGAACUGAGCCCCAUUAUCCAACAUGGUGGCCGGGAUGCUGAUGCCGCUUGACCGCCUGAGAGCGAUCUAUGAAAUCCUUUUCCGGGAUGGAGUAAUGGUGGCAAAGAAUGAUGAGAGACCUCAGAGCCGCCAUGCUGAAGUGCCGGGGGUCACCAACCUGCAGGUAACAAGAGCCUUGGGCUCACUGAAAUCACGUGGAUUUGUUAGGGAGACCUUUGUAUGGAAGCAUUGCUACUGGUAUCUGACCAAUGAAGGCAUUGACUAUCUGCGCCAGUACCUGCAUCUCCCACCUGAGAUUGUGCCCGCCUCUCUGCAGAGGGUCAGGCGCCCCGUGCCCACCCCUGGUAUGCCGAGGAGGACACCCGCUGCAAAUGUCCAGACUGUCCGGGGACCCACGUCUUAUGCCCCAAAGCCCCAGGCUGAUGCUGAGAGGCAAGAGUACCGCAGGAGAGAGGAGACGGUGCCUCCAAGAGGUCAAAAUGCCGUAAAUGGCUCCAUCGGUUCCCACGUGCUGGAGAACAGCUGGCAAGAAGGUGGGUGGCAGAGAUGGGCGGAAAGAGAUAGCCAGGGCAGUGUGAGGAGGGGAACAAGCCAUGCUGGUCAGGGUUUACAUGUGUCUAAUGCAGAAGAGAAGUGGGGCAUAAAGGAAAGCCAGGGGAGGGAAGAUAUCAGAAAGACAUUUGGGGGUGAGACGGAGAGAGCAUGGCCAGAGAAGAGGGUCAAUCUAGGGACCACGUCCGCUGAAAGUUGGACGGUGGAGAAGAAAUUGGGGGACAAGAAACCACGUGCAAGGGAGGAGGACUCCAAGGGGCAGACAGGGAGUGGAAUUGCUGAGCUAGUGACAGCUCUGAGUCCAGUCAUCUCCACCAGUGAGAGGAGGGAGGAGAAGACCACUGUCAGUGCUGUCACCUCAACGUCCCAAACUCAAUUUACAGAAAAACUGUCAGGGGCUAAAUUGGGGCAACAAAGGGAGGAGGCCAGAAAGGUCGUAAGUGAGAAAUCGGUGGAGGUACAUGUAGUGUCCUCUGUCACAGAGGCUGUAGUAACCAGUCAUAGAUCACUAGAAAUCACCGACCACCAGCAAGGCGUACGUGAGAAGGCAAUCGUGCAGGGACAGUUAUUAUUAGGCCAGGAGCUAAAACAAGAGAAGGACAAGGGGCAGUUAAAACAGCAGAAAGCCAAAGAAAAGCAAACCAGCCUGGAGGCAGAUGAGAUAGUGAAGGUCUCAAGUUUAGUGACCUCUGCCCCUGAGUUGGCAAAAGUAGAGUCCAAAAAAGAGGUUAAGCAGCAGAAAAAGGGUAAAAAUGUAGCUGAGAAAGAAGAGGUACAAGUAAGUAACACCCAUAAGGUCUCUACCUCUCAGUCCAUGGUAGCGCAGGGUCCAGAAAAUGACCAGGGAAAAAUCAGAAAUCAGAAACCUGAGAAAGAAGAGGUUUGUGUCGCUCUAACUCCUGCGGCCACCAAACCAGAGCCCCCUAAAACAGAAUCAAAAACAGAAAGUGGGUCAGAGGGUAAGAAGGGCCAGAAGAAAAAAGAGCUGGCUCAGGAAAAGACUAGUGAGGAUGGGGCCGUAGAGAAACCAACCAAGAUGCAGACCAAGGGUGUAAGCAAGAGGGAGGCCAAGAAUGAGCCAAAGCAGGAGCAGGCUGCAGAGGCCACUCAGGCUGUAGCUCAGGUUACCCCAAAUAGUGCAUCUUCCAAAGUCAAAAAGGGAAACUUACAGGAGGAAAAGAUGCUAAAGACAAAGAGUGAGGAAUCGGGGGCACAGGUGGCUACAGAGGCAGAGAAGGUGUCACCGGCCAGCACCCAGGCCUCUCACCAUGCUUCUAUCAAAGCUGACACACAACUAGAGGUCAGUCAGGGGAAGAACAAGAAAGGGUCCAAGAGUAAGGGCGAGAAGGCUAAACGAGAGGUUGUAGAGCCAGCUGAGAUUUCUGCCACCCACAUACCAAAGAAAGAGAUGGAACUGGAGUCCAUCCUGGUCAAAGAGCAGACCAAAACUAAACAAGAGUCUGUAAAUAAUCACACAAACAUCAUUGUAAAGACAGAGGAAGUGUCUGGUGACUUGAAUCUCUCCCACAGUGUAUCUGUUUCAUCUACUUAUUCACAAAAUAAUGAACAAGAUGCGCAUCACUCAGAAUUGGAGGGCAUUAGGCAGGACCUGUUGGCAGUUCCUGAUGCUGGCAUCUCUGUGCCAAAGCCUGAGCAAAUGCAAGGGACCAACAAACAGAAAUCCAAGCUGGACUUAGUUAACCACAAAGACUUACACACUGUGAACAUUCAGAAAGACCUGGCAGUGCCAGAACUAGUCACUAUUACCCAGAAUCCUCCAGUGUCCAAAGAGGAGGAACUCCAGGCAGUGCCAGAGCUAGUCAACCUUACCCAGAAUCCCCCAGUGUCCAAGGAGGAGAAACUCCAACCUGUAUCAAACACUGUUGACCUUACCCAGAAUCCUACAGUGUCCAAGGAGAAGGAACUCAAGACUGUAUCAGAUCAUGUUGUCCUUACCAAGAAGCCUCCUGCAUCCAAGAAGGAGAAACUCCAACUUGUAUCCGAUACUGUUGUCCUUACCCAGAAGCCUUCUGAAUCCAAGAAGGAGGAGAAACUCCAACCUGUAUCAGAUACUGUUAUCCUUACCCAGAAUCUUCCAGUAUCCAAGGAGGAGGAACUCCAACCUGUGUCAGAUCCUGUUGUUCUUACCCAGAAUCCUCCAGUAUCCAAGGAGGAGAAACUCCAACCUGUAUCAGAUACUGUUGUUCGCACCCAAAAUCCUCCAGUGUCCAAGGAGGAAGAACGCCAACCUGUAUCAGAUACUGUUGUUCUUUCCAAGAAUCCUUCAGUAUCCAAGAAGGAGGAACUCCAACCUGUAUCAGAUCCUGUUGUCCUUACACAGAAUCCUCCAGUAUCGAAGGAGGAGGAACUCCAAACUGUGUCAGAUUCUGUUGUUCUUACCCUGAAACCUCCUGGAUCGAAGAAGGAAGAGGAACUCCAACCUGUAUCGAAAACUGGUGUCCUUACACAGAAUCCUCCAGUAUCCAAGAAGAAGGAACUCCAACCUGUAUCAGAUCCUGUUGUACUUACACAGAAUCCUCCAGUAUCGAAGGAGGAGGAACUCCAAACUGUGUCAGAUUCUGUUGUUCUUACCCAGAAACCUCCUGGAUCCAAGAAGGAAGAGGAACGUCAACCUGUAUCAAAAACUGUUGCCCUUACCCAGAAUCUUCUAGUAUCCAAGAAGGAGGAACUCCAACCUGUAUCAGAUCCUGUUGUCCUUACACAGAAUCCUCCAGUAUCGAAGAAGGAGGAUCUCCAACUUGUAUCAGAUCCUGUUGUCCUUACCCAGAAUCCUCCUGGGUCUAAGAAGAGCCAACUCCAGGCUGUAUCCGAAACAGUCAUCCUCACCCAGACUAAACUAGAGUCCACAAAUCAUGUUGUGACACCUGAAGAAGAGUGUGAUCCCGGAUCUACUGCUGAUGAAGAUGAAAGGGACCGAGUGCAAAAGAAAACUUUUACCAAAUGGGUGAACAAGCACCUUAUAAAGGCUCAUCGCCACGUGAAUGAUCUGUAUGAAGACCUCCGAGAUGGACACAACCUCAUCUCCCUUCUGGAAGUACUAUCGGGAGAGACCCUGCCCCGGGAGAAAGGCCGCAUGCGCUUCCACAAGCUGCAGAAUGUACAGAUCGCCUUGGAUUUCCUGAAGCUCCGCCAGGUAAAACUGGUGAACAUCCGGAAUGAUGACAUUGCAGACGGAAACCCCAAGCUGACGCUGGGCUUGAUCUGGACCAUUAUACUCCACUUCCAGAUCUCAGACAUCCAGGUCAGUGGUCAGUCCGAGGACAUGACGGCUAAAGAGAAGCUGCUUCUGUGGUCCCAGCGCAUGACGGAAGGCUACCAGGGCCUGCGCUGUGACAAUUUCACCAGCAACUGGAGAGACGGGCGCCUCUUCAACGCCAUCAUCCACCGCCACAAGCCAAUGCUCAUAGACAUGACCAGGGUUUACCGUCAGAGCAACCUGGAGAACCUGGAUCAAGCGUUUGGGGUAGCUGAGAAGGACCUUGGUGUCACCAGACUGCUGGACCCUGAGGAUGUUGAUGUCCCGCAGCCUGAUGAGAAAUCCAUCAUAACCUACGUGUCUUCUCUGUACGAUGCCAUGCCAAGGGUCCCCGACGUGCAGGACGGAGUCAGAGCCAAUGAGCUGGAGCUGCGGUGGCACGAGUACUACGAGAGGGUAACCAUGCUGCUGCAGUGGAUCAGACACUACACCAUCAUCUUUGAGGAGAAGAGGUUCCCAGCCAGCUAUGAGGAGAUUGAGAUUCUGUGGCGUCAGUUCCUGAAAUUUAAAGAGACAGAGCUCCCCAGUAAGGAGGCCGACAAGAACCAGUCUAAGCUGCAGUACCAGUCUCUGGAGGGUGCAGUUAAGUCUGGACAGCUGAAGGUACCAGCUGGCUAUCAUCCCCUAGAUGUGGAGAAGGAGUGGGGGAAGCUACAUGUGUCCAUCCUGGAGAGAGAAAAGUUACUGCGUAUAGAACUGGAGAGGCUGGAGCGUCUGCAGCGCAUCGUCAGCAAACUGCAGAUGGAGUCCGGACUGUGUGAGGAGCAGCUGAACCAGGCCGAUGCCUUGUUGCAGACGAAUAUCCGCCUGCUGAACGCUGGGAAGCAGCCACAACGGGCGGCAGACAUUGAGCGGGAUCUGGACAAGGCGGACUCCAUGAUACGUAUCCUGUUUAACGAUGUGCAGGCGCUUAAGGACGGUCGCCAUCCUCAGGGAGAGCAGAUGUACCGCAGAGUCUACCGCCUCCACGAGCGCCUGGUCGCCAUACGCACGGAGUACAAUCUGCGCAUUAAGUCUGGAGCCACUCAGGUCGUCACCCAGGUGACGCACAUCACCCAGCAGUCCAUCCGCCCGGACGCCGAUGAUAUUACCCUGCGCUAUCUGCAGGACCUGCUCAGUUGGGUGGAAGAAAACCAGAAACGAAUUAAUUCUGCUGAAUGGGGGUCAGACCUUUCCAGUGUGGAGUCCCAGCUGGGCAGCCACCGCGGCCUCCAUCAGUCUAUCAACGAGUUCCGGGCAAAGAUUGAACGGGCACGGGCUGAUGAGGCUCAGAUAUCCGGGGCCCGCGGAUCCUAUCAGGAGUAUCUGGGGAAAUUGGAUUUACAAUAUGCAAAGCUGCUGAACUCUUCCAAGGCCAGACUGCGACACUUGGAGAGCCUUCACGCGUUUGUAGCCGCUGCCACCAAAGAGCUGAUGUGGCUGAACGAUAAAGAGGAGGAAGAAGUCAACUUUGACUGGAGUGAGCGCAACACUAACAUGACGAGCAAGAAAGAUAACUACUCGGGAUUUAUGCGGGAGCUUGAACUGAAGGAGAAGAAGAUAAAGGAAAUCCAGAACUCUGGUGACAGACUCCUCCGGGACGACCACCCCAGCAAAUCUACAGUGGAGGCGUUCCAGGCUGCUCUGCAGACUCAGUGGAGUUGGAUGCUACAGCUGUGCUGCUGUAUUGAGGCCCAUCUUAAGGAAAACACCGCGUAUUUCCAGUUCUUUUCAGAUGUAAAAGAGGCUGCAGAACACCUGAAGAAGAUCCAGGACACCAUGCGCAGAAAGUACACCUGUGAUCGCUCCAUCACCGUGACACGGCUGGAAGACCUGGUUCAGGACAGCAUGGAUGAAAAGGAACAGCUGACGGAGUAUAAGGGGCAAGUUGCCAGCCUUGCCAAGCGGGCAAAAACUAUCAUACAGCUGAAACCACGGAGUCCAACCAACCCUCCCAAAGGCCAACAACCUAUUCAGGCAGUCUGCGACUACAGACAGUUAGAGAUCACUGUACAUAAGGGGGAUGACUGUUUACUGGUGAAUAACUCCCAACCGAACAAGUGGAAAGUGCUGAAUGCCUCUGGAAGUGAUGCCUUGGUACCCUCUGUGUGCUUCAUCGUACCCCCGCCCAAUAAGGAGGCUGUGGAUGCCGUGAACAGACUGGAAUCCAGCCACCAGAGCCUGCUCACUUCAUGGCACACUAUGCACAUCGACCUGAAGAGCUUACUGUCUUACCAGUACCUGCUGCGGGACAUCCAGCUGAUUCAGUCCUGGUCCCUCAUCACGUUCCGCACUAUGACACUGGAGGAACAGAAGCUGGCGCUGCGAAACCUGGAAAUUCACUACCAGGACUUCAUGCGCGACAGCCAGGACUCGCAGAACUUCCACCCGGACGACCGCAUGAACAUUGAGAGAGAGUACAGUUCCUGCACCCAGAAAUAUGACAUGCUCCUGCGCAGCCUUGAGAGAGGCGAGCAGGAUGAAAGCACGUGUAAGAAUUACAUCUCGCAGCUGAAAAAUAUCCAGCUGCAGCUUGAAGGCUGCGAGUCGCGUACAGUCACCAAGAUCCGAAGUCCUCUGGACAAAGAUCCCAUCAAAGAAUGUUCCCAGCGCAUUGGAGACCAGCAGCAAAUUCACUUUGAACUGGAAACCAUUCAGAAGAAUCUGGACAAAGUGAGUGAGAAAACGCGGAAAUUAUUGUCCCAACCUGACCUGGGAGAAUCUGGUCCUGUAUUGAGAUCUGAACAUGAUGUGACACAGCAGAAGAUGGACCAAGUCUACAGCCUGUCCACCAUUUACCUUGAGAAACUGAAGACGAUAAACCUGGUUAUAAGGAACACCCACGGAGCGGAGGAAAUUGUGAAAACCUAUGAGGAUCAGCUGAAAGAUGUUCAGACUGUACCUUCAGACCUCAAGGAACUGGAGAAUAGCAAGUCAGACCUAAAGAGAAUGCGUGGGCAGGUGGAAGGUCACCAGCCGCUCUUCAGUGGUCUGGAGAAUGAUCUCAGCAAGGCCAGGGAGGUGAGUGAGAAGAUGAUGCGGGCUCACAGCGAGCGGGACGCAGAUCUGGAUCGGUAUCGGGAGAAGGUACAGCAACUGCUGGAGCGCUGGCAAGCUAUCAUCCUGCAGAUUGAUGUGCGACAAAGGGAACUGGAGCAGCUGGGCAAACAGCUACGUUACUACCGGGAGAGCUACGAGUGGCUCAUCCGAUGGAUACUGGAUGCCAAGCAGAGGCAGGAGAAGAUCCAGUCUGUACCCAUCACAGACAGCAGAACGGUCAGGACACAGCUGCUGGAGGAGAAGAAACUGCUGGAGGAAAGUGAGAAGAACAGGGAGAAAGUGGACGAAUGUCAGAAAUAUGCCAAGCAAUACAUCGAUGCCAUCAAGGACUUUGAACUACAGCUGGUGACUUAUAAAGCCCACGUGGAACCAGCAGCAUCUCCUCUCAAGAAGCCCAAAGUGCAGUCUGCGUCUGACAACAUCAUCCAGGAGUAUGUGGAGCUCCGGACCAAAUACAGUGAACUCACCACGCUGACCAGCCAGUACAUCAAAUUCAUCACAGAGACUCUCAGACGCCUGGAGGAAGAGGAGAGAGCGACCAAGAAGCUUAAAGAAGAAGAGCGGAAGAAGCUGGCAGAAGUAGAGGCCCAGCUUGAGAAACAAAGGCAGUUAGCUGAGGCCCAUGCGCAAGCAAAAGCUCUGGCCGAAAAAGAGGCCUUGGAACUGAGAAGGAACAUGCAUGAAGAGGUGACCAGAAGGGAGGUUGUUGCUGUUGAUGCUGAGCAGCAGAAGAAGACAAUCCAGCAAGAGCUGCAGCAGAUGAAACACAACUCUGAGGCAGAGAUUAAUGCCAAGGCGAAACUGAUUGAAGAGGCAGAGUACAACCGCAAAAAAGUGGAAGAGGAGAUCCGGAUCAUCCGUCUGCAGUUAGAAACCAGCCAGAAACAAAAGUCAGGUGCUGAAGAUGAACUGAAGGCACUAAGAGCCCGGGCUGAAGAAGCAGAAAGGCAGAAGAGACUAGCGCAAGAAGAGGCCGAUCGCUUGCGGAAACAGGUGAAGGAUGAGGCACAAAAGAAACGCGAGGCUGAGGAAGAGCUUCAGCGUAAGAUUCAAGCAGAGAAAGAAGCGGCCAAGGAAAAACAAAAGGCUUUGGAAGACCUGGAAAAGUCAAGACUUCAAGCCGAGGAGGCAGAGAGGAGAAUGAAGCAGGCAGAACUCGAAAAAGAGCGACAAAUCAAACAAGCUCACAACAUGGCUCAACAAAGUGCUGAAGCAGAGCUGCAGAGCAAACGUAUGUCAUUCCUGGAGAAGACCACACAACUAGAGAUAUCCUUAAAACAAGAGCAUAUCACAGUCACCCACCUUCAGGAGGAGGCUGAGCGUCUGAAAAAGCAGCAAUUAGAUGCUGAAAAUGCCAGGGAAGAAGCUGAGAAAGAGCUUGAGAAAUGGAGGCAGAAAGCCAACGAGGCUCUGAGGUUAAGGCUCCAAGCAGAAGAAAUCGCUCAUAAGAAAGCCCUUGCACAAGAGGAGGCUGAGAAACAGAAAGAGGAUGCAGAAAGAGAAGCCCGCAAGAGAGCCAAAGCUGAGGAAUCCGCUCUGCGCCAGAAGGAACUAGCAGAAGAAGAGCUUGAGAAACAGAGAAAGUUGGCCGAUGACACUGCAGUCCACAAGCUUUCUGCUGAACAAGAGCUUAUCCGAUUAAAAGCAGAAGUGGAAAGUGGUGAACAACAACGCUUUGUCCUUGAGGAGGAUCUUUACCGCCUAAAGAAUGAAGUGAACGAGGCGAUCCAGAGAAGAAAGGGACUUGAGGAAGAGCUGACCAAGGUUCGUGCUGAAAUGGAGAUCCUUUUGCAAGCUAAAUCUAAAGCAGAAGAGGAGUCUCGCUCCACCAGUGAGAAGUCUAAGCAGAUGUUGGAAGCAGAGGCUGGCAAGCUGCGUGAACUUGCGGAAGAAGCUGCCAGGCUGCGUGCCCUCUCGGAAGAGGCCAAGAGACAAAGGCAACUAGCUGAAGAGGAAGUCACAAGACAGAGAGCUGAAGCAGAGAGGAUCUUGAAAGAAAAACUUGCUGCUAUCAAUGAGGCAACACGACUAAAGACCGAGGCUGAGAUUGCCCUGAAGGAGAAGGAGGCUGAGAACGAGCGGCUGAGGAGAUUGGCAGAAGAUGAGGCGUAUCAGAGAAAGCUGCUGGAAGACCAAGCCACUCAACACAAACAAGAUAUUGAAGAAAAGAUCCUACUACUUAAACAGUCCUCAGAGAAUGAGCUAGAAAGGCAGAAGCAUAUUGUGGAUGAGACCGUGAAGCACAGAAGAAUUAUAGAAGAAGAGAUCCGAAUUCUGAAAAUAAACUUUGAGAAAGCCUCCUCUGGCAAGUCUGACCUGGAGCUAGAGCUUCAGAAGCUAAAGAACAUUGCAGAAGAAACCCAGGAGAGCAAACUAAAAGCUGAGCAAGAAGCAGAGAAACAAAGACAACUGGCUCUGGAGGAGGAGGCAAAACGGAAAGAGGCAGAGGAGAAGGUAAAGAAGAUUAUUGCUGCAGAGCAGGAGGCAGCAAGGCAGAGGAAACUAGCCUUAGAAGAAGUCGAGAGGCUGAAGGCUAAGGCUGAAGAAGCCAAAAAGCAGAAAGAGCUGGCAGAGAAGGAGGCUGAAAAGCAAAUUCAGUUAGCUCAAGAAGCCUCCAGGAAUAAAAUCCAAGCAGAGGAAAAAGCUUAUUUUGCUGCUGUACAACAAAAAGAGCAGGAAUUAAUGCAAACCAGAAUGCAGGAGCAGAGUAUCUUUGAUAAGCUCAAAGAAGAAGCUGAAAAGGCUAAACGUGCAGCCGAGGAAGCUGAGAGAGCAAGAGCAAAGGCUGAACAUGAAGCCGUUCUUUCACGUCAGCAGGCUGAAGAAGCCGAACGCCUAAAACUAAAGGCAGAGGAAGAGGCGCAGGCUAAGGCCCAAGCACAAGAAGACGCAGAACAUCUCCGUAAAGAAGCUGAACUGGAAGCUGCUAAGAGGGCUCAGGCAGAGCAGGCGGCCCUCAAACAAAAGCAUCUGGCCGAUGCUGAAAUGGAGAAACAUAAGAAGUUUGCAGAAAAAACCCUCCGGCAGAAGGAUCAAGUAGAGGGCGAACUCACAAAAGUCAAGCUGCAGCUCGAGGAGACUGACCACCAGAAGACCAUUUUAGAUGAGGAGCUGGGACGUCUGAAAGAAGAAGUGACAGAGUCACUGAGGCAGAAAAAGCUUGUGGAGGAUGAGUUGUUCAAAGUGAAGAUACAAAUGGAAGAGCUGAUUAAACUGAAGAUACGGAUCGAAGAGGAAAACAAGAUACUCAUACUGAAAGACAAAGACAGCACACAAAAGUUUCUGGUCGAGGAAGCUGAGAAGAUGAAGCAAGUAGCCGAGGAGGCCGCCCGUUUGAGUAUUGAGGCCCAGGAGGCUGCCCGUUUACGGAAGAUUGCAGAGGACGACCUGAACGAGCAGCGAGCAUUAGCUGAGAAGAUACUGAAGGAAAAGAUGCAGGCUGUGCAAGAAGCCACCCGCCUGAAAGCCGAAGCAGAAUUGCUGCAGAAACAGAAGCAGCUUGCCAUGGAGCAGGCCAAGAAGCUGCAGGAAGAUAAAGAGCAGAUGCAGCAACAGCUGGCCGAGGAGACUGAGGGCUUCCAAAAGAUCCUGGAGACUGAGAGGCGUCGUCAGCUUGACAUAAGUUCUGAAGCUGAACGCCUCAAACUGCAAGUGGUGGAAAUGAGCAAAGCCCAGGCCAAAGCAGAAGAGGAUGCCAAGAAGUUUAAGAAACGUGCAGAAGAAAUCAGUGAGAAAUUGCACCAAACAGAACUGAGCACCAAGGAGAAGAUGACUGUGGUUCAUACUCUAGAGAUACAAAGGCAGCAGAGUGACAAAGAGGCUGAAGAUCUGAAGAAAGCCAUCGCUGACCUGGAGAAGGAAAAAGAGAAACUGAAGAAGGAGGCAGAGCUGCUGCAGAAAAAAUCUGAAGAGAUGGAGAUGGCCCAACAAGAACAGCUACGACAGGAAACCCAAACGCUUCAGUCCUCAUUCUUGUCUGAGAAGCAAAUCCUGAUUCAUAAGGAGAAGUACAUAGAGGAGGAAAAGGCCAAGCUGGAGAAGCUGUUUGAGACUGAGGUCGACAAAGCCAAAAAGUUGAAAUCUGAAAAAGAACGUCAGCUUGGCCAACUGGAGGAGGAGAAAAAGCUCCUGCAGAUGAGCAUGGAUGAUGCUGUCAGGAAGCAGCUGGACGCGGAGGACAAGGUCAGACAGAAACAAGAAGAGCUGCAGCAGUUGGAUAAAAGGCGGCGAGAACAGGAGAAUCUGCUGGAGGAAGAGAACCGAAAACUCAGGGAGAGAUUGGAGCAACUGGAGCAAGAACAUAGGAUUGCAUUAGAGAAAACGAGGGAGAUCGUUAUACACAAAGAAACAAUUAUUACACAGACCAGGGCUAUGCCAAAUGGCAGCGACUCCGUUGAUGCUUCAGCCCAAAAUGGGGAUCAAGAGAAUGCGUUUGAUGGCUUAAGACAGAAGGUCUCUCCAACCAAACUCUAUGAGGCUGGAAUAUUGACCAAAGAGAUGCUGGAUAAAUUGUCUAAUGGGCAAGUGUCUGUAGGUGAUCUCUCCCAGCGUGAAGAGGUCAGGAAAUACCUGCAGGGCAAGAGCAGCAUCGCUGGGCUACUGCUAAAACCAAGCAACGAGAAAAUGAGCAUCUACGAUGCUAUGAAGAAGAAGCUGAUCACACCGGGCACAGCACUCAUUCUGCUAGAGGCUCAGGCUGCUUCUGGCUUCAUCAUUGAUCCAGUGAGAAACAAGAAACUGAGUGUAAGCGAAGCAGUGAAAGAAAACGUAAUCGGCCCUGAAGUACACAACAAAAUGUUGUCUGCCGAGAGGGCAAUCACUGGAUACAAAGAUCCCUACACUGGAGAGAAAAUAUCACUCUUCCAAGCCAUGAACAAGGACCUCAUUGUGAAGGAUCACGGCAUUCGACUGCUGGAAGCCCAGAUUGCCACUGGUGGCAUUGUCGAUCCAGUCAAUAGUCAUCGCCUGCCCCUGGAUGUUGCCUACCAACGUGGCUACUUUGAUGAAGAAAUGAGCAAGAUCUUAUCUGACCCCACAGAUGACACCAAAGGCUUCUUUGACCCAAACACACAAGAGAAUCUUACGUACCUGCAACUCAUGGAGAGGUGUGUGGUAGACCCCGAAACAAAGCUCUGUCUGCUGCCUCUAACCAGCAAAGCUGGAAAGGGAGAUGUGGUCUACACAGAUUCGGAAGCCAAGGAUAUCUUCAAGAAAGCCACUGUUUCUGUACCAUUUGGCAGAUUCCAAGGGAAAACGGUCACCAUCUGGGAGAUCAUUAACUCUGAAUACUUCACAGAAGAGCAAAGGCGGGAUCUGUUACGGCAGUAUAAGACUGGGAAAAUCACAGUGGAAAAAAUAAUAAAGAUUAUUAUUACAGUGGUGGAAGAAAAUGAAAAGAAGAAGCAGAUGUGCUUCGAUGGUCUGAGAAAUCCUGUUCCAGCAGCAGAACUAGUGGAGAGUAAAAUCAUAGACAAUGAUCUUUUCAACCAGCUCCAUCAAGGCAAGAAGUCUGUGAAAGAUCUGUCCGAGGUAGAGUCCAUCAAAAAGUAUUUGACUGGAAGCACAGCCAUCGCUGGAGUCCAAGUGGAAAAAACUGGUGAAAAACAAACCUUGUUUGAUGCAAUAAGGAAGAACCUACUGAAGCCGGCCACAGCCCUCAGUCUGCUGGAAGCACAAGCUGGUACAGGCUUCAUUAUCGAUCCUGUUAAUAAUGAGCUUCUACCAGUAGACGACGCUGUUAAAGCUGGGACUGUCGGCCCAGAGUACCAUGAAAAGUUGCUCUCUGCAGAAAAGGCUGUUACUGGCUACAAGGAUCCUUAUACUGGGCAGACUCUGUCACUGUUCCAGGCUCUAAAGAAGGGACUUAUACCAAAGGAUAGUGGAAUUCGACUCUUAGAUGCACAGCUGGCCACUGGCGGCAUAAUUGACCCAGUAAAUAGCCAUCGUCUCCCACUUGAAAUUGCUUAUAAGCGAGGUCACCUAGACGAGGAGACAGCCAAACUCCUUUCUGAGCCAGUCGAUGAGAACACAGGCUUCUACGAUCCCAACAGUCAGGAAAAUCUCUCUUACGCACAACUACAGAAAAAGUGCAAAGUAGACAAGAAAACAGGUCACUUGCUGUUGCCUCUCUCUGAUCAAGCCAUACAGGCCCAGUUAGAAGAGCUCUACAGUGACUCUCAAGCCAAAGAGGCCUUUGACAAGACAACCAUUGAAGUGCCUGUUGGCAGCUUUAAAGGAAGGACUAUAACUAUAUGGGAGUUGAUUCAUUCUGAAUACUUCACCGAAGAGCAAAGGAGGGAGCUGAUCCGCCAAUACAAGACUGGCAAAGUUACAAUAGAAAAAAUCAUAAAAAUCAUGAUUACCAUUGUGGAAGAAACAGAGAGCAAAAAACAGCAGCGUCUUACGUUCACCGGUCUCCGAGCCCCAGUUCCUGCCAAUGAGCUACUGGAGGCGAACAUCAUAAACCAAGUCCAGUUUGAGCAGCUGAAAGACGGUAAAAAGUCAGUGAAAGAAAUAUCAGAAACAGAGUCAGUCAAGAGGUAUCUCCAGGGAAGUGACUGCAUAGCUGGAGUUUUCGUGGAGGAGAACAAUCUAAAAAUGAACAUUUACCAAGCCAUGAAGAGGAACAUGCUAAUGCCUGGAACAGCUCUUGUUCUGCUUGAGGCACAAGCUGCCACCGGUUUCAUUAUUGACCCAGUAAAGAACCAAAAAUUCUAUGUGAACGAAGCAGUGAAAGCUGGAGUUGUUGGCCCUGAGUUACAUGAAAAGCUACUUUCUGCAGAAAAAGCAGUCACCGGGUACAAAGAUCCGUACUCUGGAAAUACCAUAUCUGUGUUCGAGGCCAUGCAAAAAGGUUUGCUCCUCAAAGACCACGGAAUACGACUCCUGGAAGCACAGAUAGCAACAGGUGGUAUUAUUGACCCAGUUCAUAGUCACCGUGUCCCAGUAGAAGUUGCCUAUAAACGUGGAUACUUUGAUGAAACCAUGAACAAGAUCCUGGCUGAUCCUUCUGAUGACACCAAAGGAUUCUUUGACCCUAACACACAUGAGAAUUUAACUUACUUGGAGCUAAAAGAAAGAUGCAUUAAGGAUCCAGAAACAGGUCUAACCCUCCUUCCUCUAAAGAAAAUUGAAAAACCUGCAGCAGCAGAAAGCAGUAAGGUCUACACUGAAACUGAAACAAAGAAGGUGUUUGAGGAGACAUCUGUGGACAUUCCUGCAGGAACCAUGGCUGGUUCCACAAUGACCAUUUGGGAGCUCAUGCAUUCAGAUCUUCUCCCUAAAGAGGAAAGAGAAAGGUUAAUGAUGGAGUUCCAGGCUGGCAAACUGAGCAAGGAGCGUAUGAUUAUCAUCAUCAUUGAGAUCAUUGAGAAAACAGAAAUUAUCCGGGAACAAGAACAACAUUCUUACGACUUUGUGCGCCGUCGCAUUACAGCAGAAGAGUUGUAUGAGUCUAAAAUUAUUUCCAUAGAAAUCUACAACAUGCUUAAGCAAGGAACAAAGACUAUACAAGAAAUUAUUCAGAUAGAGUCUGUCUGGAGAUACCUAUAUGGAACUGGGUGCGUUGCAGGACUACAAAUGCCAGGCUCCAAAGUAACGCUCAGUAUUUACCAGGCCAUGAAGAAAGGCUUCAUCUCUACUGAUGUGGCUUAUAUACUACUGGAUGCUCAGGCAGCCACUGGCUUCAUUAUUGAUCCCGUGAAGAAUGAACUGUUAACUGUAGAUGAAGCUGUGCGGAAAGGCAUAGUGGGACCCGAAAUUCAUGACCGCCUUCUCUCUGCCGAAAGAGCAGUCACUGGUUACAGAGAUCCUUACACUGAACAAAUGAUUUCCAUCUUCCAAGCCAUGAAGAAAGACUUAAUCCCCUCUGACCAAGCUUUGCGACUGCUCGAUGCCCAGCUAUCUACAGGAGGGAUCAUUGAUCCUCGUUUUGGAUUUCACAUUCCACAUGAAACUGCCUUUGUGCGUGGCUAUCUCAACAAAGAUACUUUUGACAUGUUGUCAGAGCCAAGCGAGGUCCGGAGCUACGUGGACCCUUCAACUGAUGAAAAACUCAGCUAUUCUCAGCUAUUGAAGAGGUGCCACAGGGAUGAGAAGAGCAAUCUCUUCCUCCUGCCACUUGCCGACAAGAGGAAACUUACAUUCAAGGGUCUGAGGAAAGAGAUUAGCAUGGAAGAACUGAUACGGUCAAACGUCAUGGAUACAGUCACGGCACAGCGCCUGCAAGAUGGUCUAACAUCUAUUGAGGAGGUCUCAAGAAACUUACAAAAAUUCCUGGAAGGGACAAGUUGCAUUGCCGGUGUCUAUGUAGAAGCUACAAAAGAAAGGUACUCUAUCUACCAAGCCAUGAAGAAAGGCAUGAUCAGGCCAGGCACAGCAUUUGAGUUACUUGAAGCCCAAGCAGCCACAGGGUAUGUUAUUGAUCCAAUAAAAUGCCUCAAAUUGGCGGUCGAGGAUUCUGUACGGAUGGGGAUAGUGGGGCCAGAAUUUAAAGACAAGCUUCUAUCAGCCGAGAGAGCAGUGACUGGUUAUAAGGAUCCAUAUUCGGGCAAGCUUAUUUCGCUUUUCCAAGCCAUGAAGAAAGGACUAAUUUUAAAAGAUCAUGGCAUUCGAUUGCUGGAAGCCCAAAUCGCCACAGGGGGUAUUAUCGACCCAGAAGAAAGCCAUCGUUUGCCUGUAGAGAUGGCCUACAAAAGAGGUCUGUUUGAUGAAGAGAUGAAUGAGAUUCUUACAGACCCAAGUGAUGACACUAAGGGAUUCUUUGAUCCCAACACAGAGGAAAAUCUAACCUACCUUCAACUAAUGGAAAGAUGCAUGACUGACCCAGACACUGGCCUUUGUCUCUUGCCACUAAAAGAAAAGAAAAGAGAAAGAAAGACUUCAUCCAAGUCUUCAGUUCGUAAGCGAAGAGUUGUCAUUGUUGAUCCAGAAACCGGUAAAGAAAUGUCUGUAUAUGAAGCUUAUCGUAAGGGUCUUAUUGAUCACCAGACAUACAUAGAGCUAUCUGAACAGGAAUGCGAGUGGGAAGAGGUCACAAUCUCCUCAUCAGAUGGCGUAGUAAAAUCCAUGAUUACAGACAGACGAUCGGGGCGACAAUAUGACAUUGAUGAUGCCAUUUUCAAAGGACUAAUUGAUCAGACUUCCUUGGACCAAUAUCGCUCUGGGUCCUUGUCCAUCACAGAAUUUGCUGACAUGCUUUCAGGCAACGCAGGUGGGUUCCGAUCAAGAUCCUCCUCCGUAGGUUCUUCAUCAUCUAUACCGGCUAGUCCUGCUGGAAGGGCUCAGCUAACAUCUUGGAAUGACCCCACUGAAGAGACCGGCCCUAUUGCAGGGAUAGUGGACACAGACACAUUAGAGAAAGUAUCAAUCACUGAAGCCAUGCACCGUAAUCUUGUAGACAACAUAACUGGUCAGAGACUGCUGGAAGCUCAGGCAUGUACAGGAGGUAUCAUUGAUUCAAUUACAGGAGAGAAGUUUUCAGUUGCUGAUGCUGUCAACAAAGGCCUAGUGGACAAGAUCAUGGUAGACAGAAUUAACCUGGCUCAGAAAGCAUUUAAUGGUUUUGAAGAUCCAAGAACAAAGACAAAAAUGUCAGCAGCCCAAGCUUUGAAAAAGGGCUGGCUGUACUAUGAAGCUGGACAACGCUUUCUGGAAGUGCAGUAUCUCACUGGCGGUCUUAUAGAACCCGAAGUUGCAGGACGCGUCAAUCUAGAUGACGCCCUCCAUAAAGGUACCAUUGACUCACGCACAGCCCAAAAAUUGCGAGAUGUCAACACUUACUCUAAGUAUCUGACCUGUCCAAAAACCAAACUAAAGAUAUCCUACAAAGAAGCCAUGGAGAAGAGCAUGGUAGAAGAUGGCACCGGCUUGAGACUUCUUGAAGCAUCAUCACAAUCCAGUAAAGGUUACUACAGCCCAUACAAUGUCAGCGGCUCAGGCUCAGCUUCGGGCUCCCGAUCAGGUUCCAGAACUGGGUCCAGAUCAGGUUCAAGGAGAGGAAGCGUCGAUGGCACAGGAAACUCCAACUUCUCCAUGAGCUUCUCCUCCGCCUCAUACUCCUCCACCAGCUAUGGCCGAAGGUAUACCAAUAGGCCCCAAGACAGGCCUAUUGACCCAGCAGAAUUGGCAAAUGCACUGUUAAACGGAAGUCAAAACUGCAGCCUGGAAUUCAGCAGAGGGUUCAAAACAUUGCCAACCCUCUUGCCCAGCCUUGUAAGUCUUCCACCCAACCUGUCACCGGCACGGAGCAGCACCGAGGUGUUUCCAGCCGAUCAGCAAAGGACCAGCAGCAGGGAGCUGUGGAGGGUGUGGAGGACAGAGGUGCAGGACCAGGUGCGAUCCCUCUGGCUGUGUCUGCAGAUGAUGGAGACAUCUCUUCCUGACCUGAAUGACGGCUUCCUACAGGCCCAGGUGCCCCAGACCAUGGGCAACUCAGUCAGCAGACCCAGCUGCCUGGGCGACAAGAGUAGGAAGUCUGAGCAGUUCCUGAAGGAGUGCUGCCUGAAGAAGGAAUCUCUCACUGACAUCCCCAGUGUGAGGAACAAUGCUGAGCCCAGCACCACAGUGGAGAAGAAACAGAAUGAGCUGGUAUUUGAGAAGGAACUGAACGUUGCUCCAUCAUCCAGCAAAACUCAAGGAACUGACCCUCUGCCGAAGCAGAACAAUGCAGAUGCCAAUGUCCAGAAUGCAGCAGUCAAGAGAGGCACGCCCAGGUCCACACCGGACCACAUGGGGAAUGUGUGGACCCCACAGAGAGGAACACUGGACAGGGCCUCUGGAAGUAGCUGGUCUUGGAAGCCACUUGCCUCCAGAGAAGUGACGGAAGUCACGGAGGUUACAGAAACCGUCGUCACAGAGAUAGUCGAGGUGACACAGUAUCCAACAGGAGAUAGAAGUGGUGAACCUGUCGUCACCAGGACGGUGAAAGUGCUGACAGAGUGUGCGGGGGAGCUGGCUGAGGUCCAGACCAGUCGAGAGGCCCAGACAGAGACUCAGUACCGAAUGGGACAAUGGGACUCCUUCAGCAAGACGGUUUCCCAGCAUGCCCUCGCUCUGCCAGAACCACCAGACAACCUGGACACUGUACGCAGCUGGGUGUCUGAAAUGGAGGAACUGACGGAGGCCCAGAAACCUCCAUCCUCUGAGGCUAAAGUGGUGAAGGCCCAGCUCCAGGAACAGAAGCUUCUCCAGAGGUUGCUGCAGGAGAGGAGGCCCCGUAUAGAGCGAGUGUUCCAGGGGAAGAGCUCAGCGUGUCAGCCCCUUCCCAUAGAGGGAGCCGGGCAGAAGGAACAGAGAAGCCCCCUGUCAGAGCUGCAGGAUCGCUGGGACAGUCUGCUCCAUCGCGCGGAGGAGAGACACCGGCAUUUGGAGAGAAUCACCCCCGCCGCCCAGAACUUCCAAGAAUUGCUGGAUGCUUUCCACGACUGGAUGAGUGCCACCGAGAGACAGCUGGCAGAGCUCUGGAGAACCAACAGGUCCAUGUACCAAAUGGGAGACACCCAGAAGGAAGCGCAGGAGCUGAAUAAAGAUGUUCAGAGCAAGCCGGGGGAUCUAGAGAGAGUUCUGGAGAAGGGCGAAGUGAUGCUGGAACUGGUUUCAGGUGAGGAAGCUCAGCUCUGCCAGGAAAAGAUGGACGCCCUGCGGGUCAGGUAUAUCAUUAUAGCCCAGAGCGCUGGUGACAUCCUGAAGAGACUGGAUCAGGCUGUGGAGAUCUCAGCGCAUCUAGACCCAUCCCAGGAAGAUGUCUCCCUCUGGCUGGGGCGUAUGGAGAAGGUGGCGUCCUCCGUUAGCAGUGGUGGUGAAGGAGAGCGGAGCACGCUGAGUGCCAGUGACACAGAAAAGCUGGAGCAGAUUGUCCUGUCUGAGCUCGCCCACCUUUCUGGAACUGAGAGGCGCCUGGAGGAACUUGGCCGCGUCACACUGAAUGUAGAGACCAUACAGGCCCAGAUCAGGGAGCACAAGCUGCUGGCGGUGGAUGUCCUGCAGCAUCGUGGGAUCACCGACAGGUUAUUCUGUAUCUCCGACAUCCUGCUGAGCUUGUGCCCUCAGCCCAUCCAGGAGCAGCUACAGCCAUCGCUGUCGUCUUCCAAGGAGAUGUCCCCCAGGAUUUCGUCCUUGGUGGCCUCCUCGCCCUGCGGCCUGGAACACGCCCUCUCCUUGCUCGGCCAGUUUUCUGAAGCGGAAGAGGAGCUGCUGCCCUGGAUGCAGGAGACUGAGGCCGAGCUGCCCCAACUGUCGCCAAACUGCGCCGGCAGCUGCAUCAACUUCCGAGCCCAGCAGCAACAGCUCCAGGCCCUGCGGGAGGUGGUGGCCGAACACAAGCCUCUGGUCACCAAGCUGCACAGAGUCUCCUGCAAACUGUCUGAGCUGUGCCCAGAGGGGGGCUCCAUCUUCCAGCAACGCUUUGAGGCUGCAGAGAAACGGUAUUGCUCUAUCCGUGAGGCUGUCCGUCAGGCGGCAUCCGUUUUGGAAGAUACUGUCCCCCGAUACAACCAGAUCAAUGAGAGGAUAGACAUGAUGUGUGAGAGCUUGGACCGGUUGCGGAGUCGGAUGCAAAACCCUCUUUCCGUACGUGGGGAGCCCUCCCGAAUCCUGGAGCAACUCAGGGAAAACUCCCAGGUACAGGCUGAGCUGGAGAAGUUGGGAGUUGGACUGGAGAACAUCAGCCGGCAGGGGAUUGAGCUUGUUUCCAGCCUUCCAUCUGAGGCCGCCCAACCACAAGGGAUCCAGCAGCGCACAGCUCAGGUAUUGGCGGACUGGCAGCAGUUGUGUGAACGGGCAGAGGAACGCGAUGCUUGGCUGUCCGGCCUCCUCCUGCUGGCAGAGCGGUUCUGGCAUGGCCUCUCUGACUUGGCGCUUACACUGGCCGAUACACAGCAGAUGGUUUUGGACACGGAGGAGCCCGAUACUGACCCUGACUGCAUCAGAACCCGACUCGAUGCCAUGCAGGCACUGCGGGAGGACAUUGACAACCUGCAGAAUGACCUGGACACGCUGGGAUCUGUCGGUGUGGAGCUGAUGUCAUUGUGUGGUGAUAUGGACAAGCCGGACGUGACAAAGAGCCUGGACGAGCUGUAUGCCACGUGGAACAGUCUGAGCAAGCACUGGGGUGAGCGUUACACCCGACUGGAGGAGCAUCUGAAGGCAAAGCUCGCAUGCCAGGAGACCAUUCAGAGGCUGCAGGACUGGCUGCUGCUGGCGGAGCUGAGGCUGGCUGAGGAGUUCCUGGUGAGCGGAGACCUGGACAUGGCGAAACGGCAGCUGUCUGACCUGAAGGAGUUUAAGAAAGACCUGUACCAGCACCGGGUGGCGCUAGAGAGCAUCGGGUGCCAGAUCUUGGAUAAGUCAGAUGGUUCUCAGCUCAGCGACUUCAGACAGCGCUGGGACCGGCUGGAGGAGGAGGCCGUGAACCGCCAGCACCAACUAGAAGGAGCGUUACUGGGACUUGGCCAGUUCCAGAACCAGCUGGAGGAGCUUGUGAACUGGUUGUCUCACACCACUGAGCAGCUCCAGGGGCCCCGCCUCGUGGGCAUUGACCUGCAGAGCUGUGAGAUCGAGCUGGCCAAACACAAGGUUCUCCGGAACGACGUGCUGUCUCACUCCCGCACAGUGCAGUCAGUGGAUGAAGCUGGACGGGGCAUCUUGCUGACUUCCCUCAGUGAUGGGACGGACACUCUGCAGUACAGGCUGAGGGAAAUGAACCAGCUCUGGGAGUUUGUGCAGAGUGAAACCGAGAGACGUCAGCUGGAGCUGGAGAACGACCUCAGCCGGGUGCAGGAUGUGACCCUGGAGAUCACCGACCUCCUGCAGUGGCUGGAGCAGGUGGAGGCACGUCUGUCCUUAUCCAAACCAGCCUGGGGGCACCCAGAAUCCACCAGAGAUGCUCUAACCAAACACCUGGACCUUUGUAAGGAGAUGGAAUCCAAGCAACACACGUAUAACAGCGUCAAUGACCGGCUCCAGCGCCUGUUGGCCACCAGCCCCCACCCACGGGGUUCAAGCGUUGAGCAUCAAAUCCGGAUAUUGGAUCAGAAAUGGGAAAGUGCGUCCAGCAAGGUGCAGGACAGGAAAGGGUGCCUGUCGGACGGCCUGGCCAUGAUCACAGAGUUCCACAGCACCAUGCAGGAAGUGUCUCAGUGGAUCGGGCAGGCUGAGGGACGUCUCAACAUGGCCGGAUCUCCCAGCGUUGUCCUAGAAACGGUGACCAACCAAAUCCAGGAGCACAAGGGUCUGGUACAGGAGAUUCACCUCCAUGCGGAGAAGUUGUCCACGCUGGAGUCUGUCUGUUCCCGACUGAAGGACGUAAGCCGGAAGCAGGAGGGGGACAUGACCCAAACCUUGGUACAGAGUGGCCGGGAGCGGCUGGGAAAGGUGCAGGAGAGGGCGGCAGAGAGGGGCCGCAGCCUGGAGGAGUCCCGGAGACAAGCCAAGCAAUACAGCGAAUCUCGGCGGAUGCUGCUGGAGUGGCUGCAGGAGGUGGAUCAGAGUGUGGACUCGCAGCAGAUGGAUACCAGUGUCAGCCAGGAACACAUUAAACAGCAGCUGGGUCAGCACAAGGAGUUCCAGAAGAUCCUCCGCUCUAAGCGUCCCGUGUAUGAGGCUACCCUGCGCAGCGGCCGCGCACUGAGGGAGAAGGUCCGGCUGCCGGAGGAUGGACAGAAGAUGGACGAGUCUCUGGGGCAGCUGAGAGAGCGAUGGGAACACGUCUGCAAUAGAUCCACCGAGAGGCAGCAGAAGCUGGAGGAAUGUCUCCUGUUCUCCGGCAAGUUUACAGAUGCACUCCAGGCUCUCAUGGACUGGCUGUACAGAGCGGAGCCUCAGCUAUCUGAGGAGAUACCACUAGGGGGAGACAGAGAUCUGGUCACUGACCUGUUAGACAAACACAAGGCCUUCCAGAAGGAGCUGGGGAAGAGAGCGAGCUCCAUGAAAACGCUGAAACACUCUGUCCGGAACCUGAGUCGCGGAGGUGGAGGCACGGACUCCCACUGGCUGCAGAGACAGAUGGAGGAGCUGGGGCACCGCUGGGAGGUGGUGUGUCAGCUGUCUGUCAGCAAACGGGCUCGGCUGGAAGCCUCCCUGCAACAGGCUGAGGAAUUUAAUUCGCUGGUGAACUCGUUCCUGGAGGGUUUGUGUGAGUCUGAGAGGACUCUGAAGUAUGGAGUCAUUCCUGAGGAGGAGCAAGCGCUGCAGGAGUGCCAGAUACAGCAACAGGAGCUGACGAGCACCCUGCAAUGCCAGCAGCUGGCCUUGGAGUGUAUCGUGUCCCUGGGGCAGGAGAUCCUCUCUGCCUGUCACCCAGACUCUGUAAUCACCAUCAAAUCCUGGCUGACUAUCAGCAAGACCCGUUACCAGGAGGUGGUGUCCUGGGCUCGCCAGCAGGGGGAGCGUAUCCAGGCUCAGAUUCAGGCUUUGGCCACUGAGCGCGAGGAAGUUGCCCGACUAAUGGACUGGAUCACAUCUGCAGAAGAGGCUCUGAUGUUACGAGACCAGGAUCCGCUCCCAGAAGUCAUGGAGGCCCUGGAGGAGAUGAUAUCACAGCACUCUGUUUUCAUGGAGGAGCUGAGCCGGAAAGAACCUGAAGUGGAGAAAGUUACCAAGAACUGCAAACGUAAAGUCACAGAAAUGAGAGCAACAAAUCCGCGCAAGGCCAAAAGACAAAACUCUGGGAAAUCCCCUCAGAUUGGACCCUCGGUUCCUCUGUUAGAUCUCGUGCCGCAGACUCCGCACAUGACCCAGCUCCUCAACCGUUGGCAGCAGCUCUGGUUUCUGUCAUUGGACCGGCAGUGCCGGCUUCAGAACGCACAGCAGAGGCUCCAGGAGUUGCAGGAAUUUGCGCACUUUGACUUUGCGGUCUGGCGGAAGCGAUACAUGCAGUGGAUCGGGCAGAUGAAAUCUCGCAUUCUGGAUAUCUUUCGCGGGAUAGACCGAGACCAGGAUGGGCGCAUCAGCCAGCGGGAGUUCAUGGACAGUGUACUGUCCUCUAGGUUUCCCACAAACUCUCUGGAGAUGACGGCUGUGGCCAAUAUCUUUGACAUUAACGGUGAUGGUUUUAUAGACUAUUACGAAUUUGUCAGUGCCCUGCACCCCACCAGGGACCCCCUGAGAAGAUGCGCAGAUGCCGAUCAAAUUCAAGAUGAGGUGAACCGGCAGGUGGCUCAGUGUAACUGUGCAAAGCGCUUCCAGGUGCAGCAGAUCAGCGCCAACCGAUAUCGGUUUGGGGAGUCUCAGCUCCUGCGCAUGGUGCGGAUUCUGCGGAGCACCCUCAUGGUGCGGGUGGGAGGCGGCUGGAUCGCUCUCGAUGAAUUCCUGGUGAAGAACGAUCCGUGUAGAGUGAAAGGUCGGACCAACCUGAAAAUUAAUGAGAAGUACUUUUCCCCCGAUUCCUUCUCUUCAUCGGCCCCCAAAUGUGCUGGAAACCAGAACACAGCUAAGGGGUCCAAUUCCAGCCUGAGCCUGUACACCAGCGCAUCUGCCCCCAGCAGCCCCCAGAACAGGAAGCAGACUGUCCUCCGCAGAACUCGCUCUGGUGACCGGUGUCACAGAUCCAGGUCGUCGCUCAUUACAGACAGCAUGGAGCUCAAGUUCUCAGCAGCUGAAGACAGCACCAAUUCCACGGCAACCGAUAAAACGGACACCACCCCAACAUGACCUUGUGUAACCUUUGCCCCCGGGAGGCUCAUGGUGAUUCCGAUCUGCAGAAUAGAAGCUACGGGCUGGUCCCUACUAUGCAGAUUAAUGUUCCUGGCAUGUGCUGUCCACAGGUCACCGACAACUGUGCUGGAACGCAGGACACCCUGAAACAUGGAGGCCUGCUGGGAGAGGAAUGAUAGAGACUGGUAGACGUGUUAGAGAGUGUGAGUGUGAGUGAGUGUGUCAUCACCAUGAUCAGUACAUACAGUUAUCCCUUGUUAGUGAGGCCAAACCUGCUGAUCGCUUACCAUAUGCUAUAUUGCUGCUAGGAGAGGCUGCUGGAGAGCACCCUUAUCAGAGGAGGCUUCAGGAGGGACAGCGGCUGUACUCAGGCACGGAAUGCGUCUUAGGAGACUGUAUCCUGCCCCCACCAUGGGAGUACAGAGUGGAGGCAGUGGGUGAGAAUACACAAUGGAGGGAGGGUGCAUAGUGGAGGCUACGGAAGGAGGGUGCACAGUGGAGGCUACGGAAGGAAGGUGCACAGUGGAGGCUACGGAAGGAGGGUGCACAGUGGAGGUCAGUGAGUACGAGAACACAGUGGAGGCCAGUGAAGGUGUACAAAGGAGGCUAUUGAGUAAUUGUACACAGUGAAGGCCAUUCGGUGAUAGUACAGCUGGAGGCCAUUCGGUGAUAGUACAGCUGGAGGCCAUUUGGUGAUAGUACAGGUAGAGGCCAUUCGGUAAUGGUAGAGGCCAUUCGGUAAUAGUACAGGUGGAGGCCAGUCAGUGAUAGUACAGAGUGGAGGCCAUUCGGUGAUAGUACAGCUGGAGGCCAUUCGGUGAUAGUACAGAGUGGAGGCCAGUCGGUGAUAGUACAGAGUGAGGCCAUUCGGUGAUAGUACAGAGUGGAGGCCAGUCGGUGAUAGUACAGAGUGAGGCCAUUCGGUGAUAGUACAGCUGGAGGCCAUUCGGUGAUAGUACAGAGUGGAGGCCAGUCGGUAAUAGUACAGAGUGGAGGCCAGUCGGUAAUAGUACAGAGUGGAGGCCAGUCGGUGAUAGUACAGAGUGGAGGCCAGUCGGUGAUAGUACAGAGUGAGGCCAUUCGGUGAUAGUACAGAGUGGAGGCCAGUCGGUGAUAGUACAGAGUGAGGCCAUUCGGUGAUAGUACAGCUGGAGGCCAUUCGGUGAUAGUACAGAGUGGAGGCCAGUCGGUGAUAGUACAGGUGGAGGCCAGUCGGUGAUAGUACAGAAUGGAGGCCAGUCGGUGAUAGUACAGAGUGGAGGCCAGUCGGUGAUAGUACAGGUGGAGGCCAGUGAGUAGAGUACUCAGUGAUGGUCAGUUAGGGAAACAUUUUCUAUACUACGACCUGUACUAGUGUGAUUAAUCCUGACGGGGACAUCAGGGGGUACAUUUACUAAGCAAGCCGCCGCCUCUCGAGGGGUGUAAGCAGAAUAUAUCCUCCUACAUACAGUAUGCGCUGCGUCUGCUGUAACUGAUUAAACACCCCAGAAGCGUCAGUUUGUGCAAUUCCCCCGACGAGUGUUAAUGGUCCAUGAGGCACUGUCACAUGUAACACCUGUCAAAGCACACCGACAUGUCGCACGCCUAGAAGGUGCCUCAUUGUAGCAUAUUCCGAGGCCGGGUCUUCCCCUUAUGCGUGUGAUCCGCACAUUAUGCUUGUGGGUCUGCAGCAUAAGUGGGGGAGGUCAUGUUCCAGCUCACUAGCCCCCCGUACAGGAGUGAUAAGUAUUGCACCCACAGAUAUCCCCCUCGUGGUGUGUCCCCAUAUAAGUGCUGGGGCCCUCACAUUGGUACGUGGCUCGGUGGGCUGGGGAGGGGGUGUAAGAGAGACCUGGGAGGGAAUUGGGAGCCCCCUGGGAUGAGGAGACCAGUAUGUGUGACAGGAAAGGACAGAGAUAGGACAUUCUGCAGGAAAUGAGAGUAGCUUAGGGCGGCAGGACGCAGAGAUCCACUGCCGGGGAGUGAGGAGAGGGGGCAGAUAGGUAACAGAGGGUAGAAGGACACAGGAAGUGAUGAGGAGACAGCAUGUGAUAUCUUUAUGUUCUAGGCGUGGGGGGGGAAGGAGCCGUGUUCCAGGGUGGGUGACGUGUAUCAGUGCUGAGUAGCGCACAUAUUAUUACCACACUGAGACAACUUCCAAAGCAGCCAAUCAUUUCAUUUUUGGGAAUAUGUCACUCCGAUAUAUGGUGGUGAGAGGACAGGGGCUGCGCACAGGCGGGGUCAGUCGGAAGAAGUGGGACGGGCAUAAUGUAUCGUUAUAUCAUAAUUGCUGAACUGCAUAUUGAAUGGUGAUUCUCCGCCAUUACUGCGCCUGUAUCACUAGUGAGCACCCCACAGCGUUUCCGGGGAGAAUACUAUCCGCAUAGUGAGGCACAUGCAGGGAAACUGCGCAUCCUCUCAUCUCCGCGAUUAGUGCGCCAUGUUUGCAUAGACUAAACUGUUUGGCAUAUGAACCUAAAACUGGGUACACACUGGAGCGACGGGCAUUUGUGCAACACCGGAACGAAAGCCUUUGAGCGGGAAUUGCCUGUACACAGUAGAACGAGUUUAAUGAAGGACGGAACGAUCAUGUUCCAAUCUUCUUGCAACAUAUCAAACCUGUAGAAAAGACAGUGUGUGGAGCUGGGCCCAUGCAGCAGUAGCAUAAGGUAGUACAUAUGGCUGUCCAGGACGUCCAGACGCAGCCACUUUGCACAUGACUGAGGCCCACAGGCGCUAACAAUCUGUUCUGGAAAUAACACACCAUUCAUCCACAUGAAAUCACUGUCACCUGUGGAGUGAGUCUACCUAUGUGUCUGUGUGAGCGUCUACGAGUCUGUGUGAGUGUCUGCGAGUCUGUCUGUGUGAGUGUCUGCGAGUCUGUCAGUGAGAGUGCCUUUGAGUCUGUCUGUGUAAGUGCCUGUGAGUCUGUGUGAGUGCCUGUGAGUCUGUCUGUGUGAGUGUCUGCGAGUCUGUCAGUGAGAGUGCCUUUGAGUCUGUCUGUGUAAGUGCCUGUGAGUCUGUGUGAGUGUGAGUGCCUGUGAGUCUGUCUGUGUGAGUGUCUGCGAGUCUGAGUGUCUGUUAGUCUGUGUGAGUGUCUGCAAGUCUGUCAGUGAGAGUACCUGUGAGUCUGUCUGUGUGUGAGUCUGUGUGAGUGCCUGUGAGUCUGUCUGUGUGGGUGUUUGUGUGAGUGCCUGCUAGUCUGUGUGAGUGUCUGUGAGUCUGUCUGUGUGAGUGCCUGUGAGUCUGUGGGAGUGUCUGCGAGUCUGUCUGUGUGUGAGUCUGUCUGUGUGAGUCUGUCUGUCUGUGUGAGUCUGUAAGUCUGGAUGUGUGUCAGUCUGUGAGUACCUGUGAGUCUGUCUGUGUGGGCGUCUGUGUGAGUACCUGUGAGUCUGUCUGUGUUUCUGUGAGUCUGUGUGAGUGCCUGUGAGUCUGUGUGAGUGCCUGUGAGUCUGUCUGUCUGUGUGAGUGUCUGUGAGUGUCUGUGAGUCUGUGUGAGUGCCUGUGAGUCUGUCUGUGUGAGUCUGUGUGAGUGCCUGUGAGUCUGUCUGUCUGUGUGAGUGAGUGUCAUGGUGCUACCAGUAUUACCUGCAGGAAGUGUGUUGUCUGUAUAUGGGAUGGGAAGGCACUGUAUCCGCAGUGGGUUUUGUAUAGAGAUAUUUUUGGAGUUUGUAUAUUAGUCGCAGUGUUGGUGUUGGGCGAUAUUAGAUUGCCUUAGGUAGCGCCGUCUUUGUGAAUAGGGGUGGGUGGGUUAUUACAGUCCCUCUUAGGGUAAUGAUUAUAUAGCCUGUGCUAGGGUCACACUGUGGAAGAAGCAAUAAAAUGACUGUAACUUGCCGGCUGUUGUAUAAUAUAUUGGUGCAGGAGAUGUACCACGUUCCCAGACGCACCUAACGCUCAGACUGUGGUGAAAUGAUCUGCAGUGGGAUUGUGCGUCACCCAUUAGAAGUCUCAGGGAGGGUGUAUCCGCAGAAAACGCGCCCUGACUGACAAUUUGUACCUCUGCAAAAAACUAUUAUCUGAUUGUCAGAAAACAAUUUGGUUAAUAAUAUCCGCCCGCGUUUAUUGCAGCAUAAAACGUGUUUUCCUGGUGCCGAGGGGUAAGAAAUCCAGUCAGGGAAAGAUUCCAGAGAUUUAUGGCAGUGAUUAUUAUCACUCAGAAGCAGAUAAGAAGUCGUGUGACAGAGACAGAGCUACACGUCCAGUUACUGACACCGUUUCCCUCUCGUUAGAGCUCAUCAGUGCACGCUAAUGAGGACGAGUCCUCUGUCUCAGGCGCUCUGGGGUAACGGCUGUUAUAUAUGAGCUAGGAGCAUGUGUCAGCUGUAUGUUGAGGAACAGCGCACGCACCCCCCGCGCACAGCAUUAGCCUCUCAGCAAUACGCCUGCUGCGGAUUGGUUGGCUUAGUCCUAUACGUCCCCACAUCUCACCACCAGACUUUCCUCAGCCGUAGAGGGGUCAUUACUCUCCCCUCAUCCUGGGGGAGGCCAAUGAGGAGCCCAAUCACCGCCUAUGUCACCACUAUAGAGAUGUCUUCCCUUCUGCACGCAAUGUAUGGGCGCACUGGGGUGGCUGGGUGUCGGUCAUACAGUAUAUGCAUCUCCGCUGCCAUGAAUGUAGACACUUGUACUGUAAUCCUUGUACAAAGGCUAAUCUGUAAAAUAAAGCUUUUCUAUACUGUG